AUGUCUGAAACGAAACUUGAGGACAAAAGCGAUUUUAUACGAGUGGAUUUGAAAGAUGAGUCAACUGCCCUUCAUGAGGACUAUAAACAUAAACUUUAUGAAAAGUUGGGUCACAGUGAUGUUCUAACUGAUGAUACCAGCAUUCCUGAAAUAGAGUAUCUUUUUCAAAAAACCGACGAGUUACCAUUACCAAAGGCUCUUGAUAUUUUGAAACAAUGUCUUCAAGAUCAUGAUGAUGAUCCAAAUUUUCCAUAUGAUGAUUUUGAAUUUAUUCAAAAAAUUGUGAACGGUUAUAAUAAUGAUUUGAGAAUGAGUUAUGAUGACUGGGUUUUUAACGUCAAGAUGUAUGCAGCUUUGAAUGAAUACCACUCUCCAUAUCCAGAAGUUCGUGCAAUUUCUUCACCCUUAGAUGAUCCAAAUAUCCCUUGUGAAACUAUACGUGCUUAUAUAUUAGGGUUCUUUUGGUGUGUUGUUGGUACUGGAGUCAAUGAACUCUUCUCUCGUAGACAACCUUCCAUUUAUUUAUCUGCCUCAGUUUGUCAGAUGCUAAUGUAUCCAUCUGGUCUUGCUCUUGAAUAUGUUUUGCCAGAUUGGGGAUUUACGUUGUUUGGAACUAGGCAUUCCCUAAACCCGGGUCCUUGGACUUAUAAAGAACAGAUGUUUGCUACUGUUAUGUUUGAUAUCGCGAUUGGUGGUAUGUAUGUUGGUUACAACUUUUAUGUCGAAAAACUAAAUAUCUUUUAUGGUAAUACUUGGAUUACUGCAGGUUAUCAAAUUCUACUUUCUCUUUGCACUCAAUUAUUUGGUUUUGGUUUUGCAGGUAUUCUCAGAAAGAUAGUUAUCUACCCAGUUCGUGCUGUUUGGCCAACUAUUCUACCUACACUCGCUCUUAAUCGAGCUUUAUUGAAGAAAGAAAAAAAAGAAAGUAUUCAUGGCUGGACAAUCACUCGUUAUAAAUUUUUCUUUAUUGUGUUUACUUGUUCAUUUUUAUACAUGUGGGUUCCUGAUUAUUUAUUUCAAGCAUUGUCAUAUUUUAAUUGGAUGACUUGGAUCAAGCCUGACAACUUUAAUUUGGCAACUGUUACCGGAUCUAUUCAAGGCCUUGGUUUAAAUCCAAUUUCGAGUUUUGAUUGGAACAUUAUUGGUUAUUGGCUUCCAUUGGCAUUCCCAUUUUAUACAUAUUUGAAUAUGAUGAUUGGAAUGUUCAUUGGGUUUUUCGUUAUUAUUGGUCUUUAUUAUAGCAACUACAAAUGGACCGCUUAUCUUCCAAUCAAUGAUAACAACAUCUAUACAAAUACCGGUACAAUAUAUGAGGUCCAAAGUGUGCUUACCAACGGGAGACUUGAUGAGGAUAAAUAUAAAAAAUACGGCCCACCAUAUUUAUCGGCUGCUAACUUGGUAGUUUACGGUGCUAAUUGUGCCCUUUAUACGUUCAUGGUUCCAUACGUCUUCUUUACUGAACGUAAAGGUAUUUGGAACUCAAUCAAAUCAUUGAAAGAACUGAUUACCGAUUUCAGAUCGUCAAAUUAUUCACGUUUCAAAGACCCACAUUCUCGAAUGAUGUCUAAUUAUAAAGAAGUUCCAGACUGGUGCUUUUUAGUGAUCAUGUUGAUUGCGCUUGUCUUCGCAAUUGUCUGUGUAAAAGUUUAUCCUGCUAACACCCCUGUUUGGGGGAUCUUCUUAGUCCUUGGUAUCAAUGCUGUGUUUGUGAUCCCAUUAUGCAUCAUUUACGCUGUUACCGGGUACUAUUUCACUCUCGAGGUUUUAGUGGAAUUGAUUAUUGGGUAUGCAUUACCAGGAAAUGGUGACGCUUUAAUGUUUUUGAAGGCUUUGGGAUUCAAUAUUACCGGCCAGGCUCAGCAGUAUGUAUAUGAUCAGAAAAUGGCACAUUAUGCAAAAGUUCCUCCACGAGCAGUUUUCCGUGGUCAAUUGUUGGGAACUAUUUUCCAAAUAAUUGUGUCAUUGCUUGUUAUAAAUUGGGAAAUCUCGAAUAUUGAUGGAAUAUGUACUGAUGAACAGUCAAACAAUUUCACUUGUCCUAGUGAAGUUUCUUACUAUUCUUCUUCAGUAUUUUGGGGUGUUAUUGGACCAAAAAGAGUCUUCAAUAAAUUGUAUCCUGUAUUACCUUAUUGUUUCCUUAUUGGUUUUUUACUUGCUCUUGUAUGUCUUGCUGUCAGACAUUACUUUUACAAACAAACUCGUUGGUUUCAACCAGCAGUUAUCAUUGGUGGGCUCUUCAAUUACGCACCUUAUAAUUUAAGUUAUUUCCUUCCUGGUCUCUACAUGUGUUUCGCUUUCAACCACUAUAUUAAGAAAAGAUUUGGUGCAUGGUGGGAAAAAUAUAAUUAUAUUUUGUCAUCUUCUCUUGAUGCUGGUGUUGCAUUCGGUGGAAUCAUUAUCUUCUUCGCUGUUCAAUACCAUGAAAAAGAUAUAAAUUGGUGGGGAAAUUCAGUUUCUUACGCAGGUACUGAUGGUGGUAUGGGACAAGUUAGUUUAUUGGACCCAACCACAGCCCCAGAUGGAUACUUUGGUUUGAGGUCUGAAGAAUUCUAA